AUGUCAUCAAAAAGAACUUUAAAACAAAUCUUGGAUUCUGAAUACGUCGAGGGAAGUGAUGAAGAAGCGGAUGGGAUCUCGAACGCCGAGACAGCCGCUGAUGUUGAUGAUAAUGAGGAAGAAGUGGACCGCUCGUUUUGCAUUGAUUGUAAGGAUAUGAAAACUGAGAUUAUCUGCAAAGACUGCGAAGAACAUUUCUGCGUUGUGUGCUUUGACAUGAUUCAUCGCAGCGGACGCAGAAAAAAGCACGAAUACGUCAAAGUUAGCCUCCAGCCUGAGGAGUUGCCAGCUAACGAACAGGAGCAGCAAGCGCUGCAAAACUCCAAUAAUGUCGUUAGUGAGCAGAAUCCUCUGGCAGGUGAUGGCGCCGAGCCUGGUGUCACACAAGGAGUGAACUCUCUCGACCUGAAAAUGCUCGCAAUGCUGGCAAAACAUGCAAGAUUCAUUCCUAUGAGGCUAGCGCCUGAAGAAAGACAUUUACUGAGGCUGCUGGAAGCGGCGUUGAAUGUCUCAGAAUAUACUGAUAGAGUGGAUAUCAUAUCCUACAAGUCUAAAGCAAAAAGGAUUGUUGAGCAGCUUAAAGAGAUGUGUUCUGUGCUCUGCGGCCUUGUAAUUGCAUCAAAUUUACGAACCGGGCAGAAGCUGCUCGAGAUGAAGAAUUUUAGUGACAAUGCUGCAUGGUUUCAAGACGUUUUCGAGAUCGGGAGACGUUAUAAGAUUAUGAAUCCAGAGAAAAUGAGAGAUACUUAUGGCAAGCUUUGCUACAUGAUCAUGGACUCACGUUUGCCUCAAAUUGAGGAACACAUGGAAUUCCACUUGUUCAAGCCUUUGAGCACUGUCCACUCUUUCUUGAGCUCGAAGCCUGAAGACCGAGGUCAAGCCCUCAAAAUAUUUGAAGAUAAGCUGAUUCUAUAUGCCACAUCACAGAUUUCCCCAGUUGGAAAGUCUAGACCAGAGAUCAAUCGCCUUAUCAAGCAAAAGGAAGCCGCUAUUGAAAAGCUGGCUUCAAAGUACAGCAGUAGGUAUUUCAGCAAAGAUGACAUCCGCCAAGUCCUAUACUCCAUAGGCGAUUACAAUGCAUACAUCAACAUGAACCGGAGACCCAUCAUGCGCAUGCUGGAGCGCCUGGAAGCCUUCAAUAAUCCAACAAUUGCUACCCAGUACCCAAUAGGUAUCCAAUACGGAAGGGGUGGGGCACGUUUAACCCAUGACCACGCACGUCAAAUGCACUAUGUUCAACAAUCUCUAACGCUGUGGUCUGUCAUACAAAGAGAAAUGAUCCACCUGUGGUACAUCGCUGACCAAGACCUUUACAAUCCGAACGAAUAUCGGUUAGCCUCAACAGGACAGGGUCUUAACCGCAUAAAAGCGUGUCCCAUGCUAUACAGGGAGAUGCAUAACAUCUUGAGUGAAUGUCGCUCGAAAUGUGACGCUUGGGUGGGCUCAUCCGUAGUUCAUCUGGGCGACGAUGCUGUUCCGAAUGCCUUGUUUUUUCUGGACAAAUAUACGCAAGUACCUAAUAUCUUGAUCCCAUUCGACCAGGCACUAAUGAAGAUCAAUGAACUUGUUGAUAAUGAUCCCAAACUUUUGGAAUAUAUCGAAGGAGAGUACGGUUCCACUGACGGGUUGAAGCUGACAAUUCUUCAAGAUGCAUUCGCGCAUAUGUUCGAUGGUUCUGGCGCAGAUAACUUCUAUAUGAGCGGAUCGUGUAUUGAUGGAAGAUUGACAUCUGCUUGGAACCACACUAACAUGAUAUCCAAGAAAAAGUACUAUAAGAUAUUCUUGAUGACCGGCUUUAUUGGUUUCAAUGGCCAAGACGGCUUUUAA